CGCCCUGCUUGUAGAGAAUCAGAAUCCGGUGGGUCUGGGCUGCCGGAAGCCCGAAGAUGGCUGCCACGCCGACGGCGAUCCCGGUCCCGAUCGAGGGCAGAUGCAGUUACUUUGUGGAAAAGAAGAAUCGCUUCUGCCGGAUGGUGCCGGCGGCAGGGAGACGGUUCUGCGGGGAGCAUGCCGGAGCUGCGGGAGCGGGCGCGGAAGAAGAAAAUACCAGGAAAAGAAUACUCUGUCCCCUAGAUCCAAAACACACAGUGUAUGAAGAUCAGCUUGAAAAACAUUUGAAAAAAUGUAACUCAAGAGAGAAACCAAAACCAGAUUAUUUUAUUCAAGAUAUUAAUGCAGGAUUAAAAGAUGAAACAGAAAUUCUUGAUGAACCAGUCCCAAUUUCUUCUCUUUCUGAAGAGCAAUUGGAAAACUUAAUUAAGAAAUUGAGAAAAGUCAGUAAAGGUAUGGAUUGUACACUUAAAGAUCAAAUAAUGUCACAUCCUGCAUUGCAUGAUGUCCUAAAUGACCCCAAAAAUGGUGAUUCUGCAUUCAAGCAUUUGAAACAACAGGCUUCAAUUUUAGGUAACAUUGAAAGAUUAAAUUUACUGGGACCAAGAAGGUGCUUUGUUGAGUUUGGAGCUGGAAGGGGAAAAUUGUCUCAUUGGGUUGGUAUUGCCUUACAAGAAGCUGAAAAAGUCUACUUCCUGCUAGUAGAAAGGGUGACCACAAGAUUCAAGGUAGAUGGUAAACACAAAAACAGAAACUCUGUAUUUGAAAGGCUUCAAAUUGACAUUCAACAUUUAUGUUUGAGCAAAAUACCUGUGCUAAUAAAAGAAAAGUUACCUGUGGUUGGUAUUGGAAAACAUUUAUGUGGUGUGGCAACAGAUCUUGCAUUGCGAUGUUUAGUUGAAACCUAUCCUACCAGAUGCAAAGAAAGAAAUGAGGAACCGGUUGCCAAGCGUAUAAAGAAAACAGACACAGAAAAUGACACUUCAGUAAGUGAAGGAAGUGAAAAGAAUGAAUUAGAGCAGUGGAUCCCUGUGGCUGGCAUCGUUAUUGCACUCUGUUGUCAUCACAGGUGUGAUUGGAGGCAUUACGUGGGUAAAGAAUUUUUCAAGACCCUAGGACUUGGGCCAGUGGAAUUUAACUAUUUCCAACGAAUGAGUAGCUGGGCCACUUGUGGGAUGCGGGAAACAACUUUGGAAACAUCAAAAAUUAAUAUAAAGAAAAGAGAUGAUCAGACCAGUGAUAAUGAAGAGCAUGACCAUGAGGGAUACAGGAAAACAGAUGAUAAUCCUGGAGGCUUACCUGGGCUUCUUACUGUCGAAGAAAGGAAAAAUAUAGGUCGUCUCUGUAAAUUACUGAUUGACCAAGGCCGAAUCCAGUAUUUACAGCAGAAGGGAUACAACGCUUCCUUACAAUACUAUACAGACUCCCUUGUGUCUUUAGAAAAUGUCCUGUUAACAGCUUUGCCCAGACAGUCUUCAACACCAGACUCAACUACAUGAUGAAAGAGAAAUCCGAACAGUUCCUACUGAACAAUUUUAUAGCCCUUCUCUGGAUAUUUUAAACAGAUAAGAUCAUUUAUCCAAAAAUUAUGGGAAAAUUGUCUCACACAAAAAAGUAAAGUUUCAAAUUAUGGUUUUUUAUAUUCACAAAAAGAAACUCAAAACAUUUUAAAUAACUGAUAAUACAAACAUGUUUGUAUGUUGUAAGCUCUUCAAGUUCUGAUGUUUGUUUUCAAAGACUUCAGAAGUGCUGAUGUUUAGAUAAUUUACCAGAUCCUCAAAAUAAUCCUUUUCAGUAGGUCAUCUUGAAAUGUUUUAUUCAUCAUUAUUUAUAGAGACUGGCAAAACAGUUGAACAAUUUUCUUUGUUUUCUGAAAUAUAAAAGCAUUCCCACGUAUAACCUAGAAUCUUAACAAAAGUGCCUCUUUGCGUAAACUUUAGAAGAAUUUAAUUUCCUUUUGUUCUUAGCUAAUUUCUAUUGUAUAAUUUCUGAAUCUUGCUCUAUAUAUGUAACAAAUAAAUAUUUUUAAGGGAUUUUUUUAGAACAAGGCAAAACUUCAGAAUUGCUGAAAUACAUAAAGAUUUGUUGAGGUAAAUCCAAGAAAGGCAACCAGUUUAUGAUUGGAAACAAAUACCCAAAACAUCACAAGCAGGUUAUGAAAUUGGUAUCAGUAAGGUCACUUAGAUAGAUUUUGGAAAUAUCCACAUCAUAUCAGAAUUUACAGGUGACCAAAACCAGAAAAGAAGAAAUGUUUACUUGAAAUACAGAUUUUGUAUUAUAUUUUUACCUAAUAAUGAGCUGGUUAGGAAUUCUCCAAAUAAACAUUUUCUGUAGCUAA